AUUUCAGAAGAAUUAAUAAAGGAAGAAAAUGAAGAUAGGAAAGCAGAAGUAAUCCAUAAAUUAAAUGAUGAAUUAAAUAAAUUAAAUGUUAAAAUAAAUAUAGUAUUAUGUGAUGGGUGUCAAAAGAAGAAUAUAUUCAACCCAUUAUGUGAAUUACUCACUAAACUAAAUGAAUCAAAUGCAUCAAUUAAUUCAAAUCAAUUACUUGACACAUUAAAAAUAAUAAAAGAUUGUACCAGUUGUGCACAAAGAUAUUGUUUAUUUUAUUUAUUAAACAAACUAAAAAAGGACUUGGAGGAAUUAUACAAGGAAGAAAAUGAAGAUAGGAAAGCAGAAAUAAUCCAUAAAUUAAGUGAUGAAUUAAAUAAUUUACAUUACAAAAUAGAUGGAAUG